CUGAGAGCAGUGUGUGCCCGCAGCUGUGUGUGCAUGUGUGCAUGUGAGGGUGUGUGCAUGUGUGUGGCAGACCCUGUGUGUACAUUUUUGUGCAACACAUUCUGCUAAGUUCAGAGCACUGUGGAGCUGAGAGGACGUCAAGCCCAGGACUAUGGUCCAACUGUCCACGUCAGUCUGCCUGCUGGGAGCCCUUCUGGCCCUUUGUGUGAUUGAACCUGUUCUGAUGAACCUCACGCCGUCCAGCAUGUGCACCCCCUUAAAGACGCUCAACGUCAGCCUCAGCCACAGGCGGCGGUACAUGAAGCAUAACUUCCCCAUCAACUACACCAUCAGAGUUCAUCAGAAGGAAGUCUUCAAGCUGUCAAACAUCAGCCGAAUGAGGGCACAGAUGCAGGGCUUGGACGAGCUGGUUCUCCAGAGACUGUGGUUCCAGGUCAACCAGGGUGUAUUAAAAAAGAUCAUCCGGGUCAUGCCUGACAGACACCCCUCUCGUCCGUACGCGGCGGAGCUGGAGCGACGCUUCAGGGAUGCGGAGGGAGUCUUUGUGCAGUCCCAUCCAGCUGAGGUGUUCCAGCAAGAGCUUCCAGAGACGAUCCAGAACAUCUGGGACUGUUUAACAGAAGAGCCUGACAGAGUGCCACAGUCCAGCUGGCGACUGGUUUCUCCCAAGUCGCUCCUGGACAACUUCUGCCAAACCAUGUACUGCCUCUUCAGCCAGUGCUUCACCAGCGAAGAAGAAGAACAGAACCUCUGUGGGGUUUUCUAUUGGAAGAAGGGCAGGAAGAAAGACUUACGUCUGGAAAGCUGAGCGCAGGUCACAGAAGCCGAAGUCCUUGUUGAUACUGACGGAGGAUCGAUAUCGUCAUCUCCCCCCGAGCUGUUGGACAGUGGGGUAAAAGGACAAACCCGCACUAAAGAACACCACACAGUUCCACCUUUAUUCCUGAGUUGUGAACAUGAAUAAGUCUUUUCCAAAGAAACGCUCAGAGUUUUUUUGUUGCAGAAACGGAAAUUUUCAAAGACUUAAAGGACACAUGGACUUCACCUUUCAUUUUCCCAUCUCAUCUUUUGUCCAAACAAUUCUAGAAUUUUACAGCUCCCAGUCCAGCAGGUGACUGAGUGUGUGUUUUUCCAUCCAACAUCGAGGGCCUGGAUUUUUUUUGUUUUGUUUUUUUUUAGUUCAUGGGAAGAGAUUAAUUCAUGUUCACGGUUCACCUUCGUAAAUCACAACCAAUAUAUAUAUAUAUAUACAAAUAUAUAUAAAUACAUUCUGUCCUUCCGUGGGUUAUUUGAGAACUUGAGUUUGGCAGAAGCUGCUAGAUCCUCCACAGUGAAAGGUUCACUCCACCUGGAUCGAGGACAAUAGCCGUGGCUUCGCCAAAUAUCUGCUUGGAAGAAAAGCCAGUGAUGUGUCCACGUGGGCCGGCCUGGUGCCAAACAGACGAGACUAUUGAACAGAAAAGUGAGUUAGCACCGGAGCUGGCCUUUCUCUCCCACAAACAUCACCCAUAAAUCACAUGGCAAGAACUGUCAGAUCAUGGACUGAGGUUCAAACUAAAGACAAACUACUGUUCCUGCAUCGGUGGUUGAUGAUGAACGCCUACGACCUGAAAUUAGCGUGUAGUACCCCAAGUAUGCUCUAGGUACUGUCUGCAUGUUCAAAAAGUGUCUCGAAUGUUCUUUUUUUUUCUUAUCAUGAAUAUUUAUUUCUUUAUGUUUGUCAUUCGCAAAGACUCCAGAGCUAAAUCCAAACGGUCCACAAUAUUCAGCUGCAUCCAUCCAUUUAUCCAUCCAUCUAUCCGUAUAUAUCAAUCUAUGCAUUAGUUUGAUUUAUCUUGUCUUCCUUAAGGUUGCGGUCCAGGUACGAUUGAUGAAUCAUGUUUCGUCAAUCGUUUCAGGUAAGGUGUAAGACAACAAAAUCAUGUUGCAAUCUUGGCUGUAAAAAUAAUUCUACAACUUACAAAAAAGAAUACUGAAAUUGCCCGUGAGGUGAGUUCAUCAUUUUGUGGAUCACUAGAUGUUAAAUAAGUAGAUAUUAACCUAUUAACUGAGUUUAUCAAUUAUAAUUAUAUAUAUAUAUAUAUAUAUAUAUACACAGACAGUUUUAUUGACAUCCUGUUUAAGUGCACCAUCAACCUCCACUUCCACUCCAAGUUCCAUUACAGGCUGUGACUGUUUAAGCGUCCUGACAUGGACUUUACAUUCCUCGCCUGAUUAGAGACGUCCAUGAUGGUUGUUCUGUGCGGUUUUAAGCCGAUUACAGUUGACAUCUCCAGGCAGGACGUACAGAUUACACGUCACGCAGCUACUGCACAGAGUGAGUUGAAAGUGUGGGACCUAAACACUGUCUGCCUUAUCAGGAGGUACGUGAAUCACCGAUACCUUUGUGGGAUUUUAUUGCACAGUAGACGCAUUGAAAAAUUUGUUAAGUUUGACAAGUUUCUGCUAGCCACGCCCAUUUUCACACUUUAUUUGAAGUCAUUUAUAUAAAGCUAUAUAAAUUUCAACAAGUAUCUGACAUGAACACUGCUGGUGUCUUUCGAUAAAUGCAAUAAACCUAUGUGUAUUAUACUUUAUCAGUCAUAUGUAUGUAUCCACGCGAAAUUCCUUAUUGUACAAAUAAAUAUUUCCCAAAUGUUGACUGGCAACAGCAGAAAAAUGAUAAACUGCAAACACAUGGAUGGUUGUUGCCUGAGGUUUUGAAGAUAGAUUUUAGAUUUGAAAUAUAUACAGAUAUUUUGUACACGAGAUAUUGAAUUUAUUUAUUUUUGGGAAAAUGUAUAAUACUACGUGACGAUACUUUUAUGAAAGAAAAUAAAUUCAAAUUGCUAUUUUUAUCAACUAAUCCUGUGUCUGUAGUUAAGUCAGUAUUAUUAUUAUUAAUAUUAUUGUUAUUAUGGAUGUAUGAUAAUAUUGUCCUACCAUUAUUAGCAUAGUUAUGUAAUAUCUGUAAGAAUCGUUAUCUGUUUUUCCUCUGAUAACGCAAUGCCUGGGUUUCGCCAAACGAUGUGUGCCCUAAAAAUAGUUUUGGGGGAAAAACGGCAGUAUAUGAAAGUGAAAGUCACUAGAUGGCACCAUUGCAGCUCAUUUUAUUAAUCUAUUUUAAUAAUCAGGGGAUUGUAUGCAGAUUGCUGGUGUCAGCAACUUAUACAGCGGCAUAUCGGCAUAAUGAUAAAAAAAUAAUAUCUGACAUCCCUUGUUAUUAUUAUUAUUAUUAUUAUGUUCAGAUAUUCUAUUUAAUAACAUGUCACAUCAUCUGUCUAAAUUUGAGUUUUCCAUCUUUCUGAAGACAGUUUCUAUAAGGUUGGAGGUGCCAACACCUAUUCCACAUGCCAAUGUGUCCUUGGGCAAGACGCACAAACAGCUCUCACACCAGUUUGAACCCAGACGGAGUCCUUCAUGCCACCACAUGGACCAGCUGUCAGGAGUGAAGCCACGGAGAACGGCGCCUCUCCAGAAACACAGGACAAGCCCGGACUUGCUUGGUAGGAUGUUCCACAAUUUGAAAAAAAAGGAAUAAUCAAACAAACAAAAAUCACCGUAGUCAGAACAGGAAGAAGAGAGAGGGGCAGUAGAAAAGGAGGGCAAUAAUCAGUCUUUUCUCUGAAACUGGAUUUCCAACAACUCUACAAAAUCUGUAGAAACUGAAUCAUCAAAGAGCAACAACAGAGCGACUGCAGAGAGUAAGGAUCUGUCCUAAAGCCCGGAUGUGCAUUUUGAAGAGCCACUGACUGACGUGCCAGGGGGAGCCCUCACCUUGAAUCCAUAAAGAGGUCAGAAAAAGUUGCUACUCCCAGAGCCACAGAACCUCCUGAUGACUGAGAGACACAACCUCUCAAGUUCACAUUCACCUCUAACCCCUGUGUGGAAAAACAUUCCCCACAGACUCAUGAGAAUGAGGUCCACAGGCUGGACUUCAGGACAAACUGAAGGACUCCAAAUACCAGAGCUGUAUCAGACCGGCUGCCGUGGGAUUACAAUGGUCGUCUUCCAACCUUUGACCAAGAAGGAUGAAGUAUUUUCCUGUGAAGAGUGGGUGUAGCAGAACAUCAGUCAUUGGAAGCAGAGCGCCAACUCCUGGUCCUAAGAACAAAGGGCUCUUUGGAUCAUUUUGAUCUGUUACUUGCACGUAACAUUCCUGACUUGGAUUUGACAUUGCUGCAAUGAUAAUUGAUAAUGAUGGUAAAGGAGGCUUUAAGUGUUAGUGCUGAUAAACUUUAUCUCCUCGUGCAUGACUUUUACCUAAAUCUGAGCAAAACAUUUCAUUAUUGAAUUUGUAGGGAAUGCAGUGCCUUAUAAAACAUCGAAAACACACUGAAAAACGGGGGAGAACUGCUGGACUCCUGGGAGUUGUUUCAGUGACAUCGGUGAGAGUCUGGAAUGUAACUUUAAACAUUUACAUGACCUGCAUUCCCUACAAAUUCAAUGAUGAGAUGUUUUGCUCAGAUUUAGGUAAAUUUCUUAAAAGCUAUAGUUUCACCACACUAUGAUUACCUACAUGUCUGUCUUAUAUUCUCUUUUAUGGCCAAAACAAGUGUAUGUUUUCUAAUCCUGUCCAUAUGCUCCUUGUCGAUAAUAACCAAGGCAUCCUUACGAUACCAUCUUCUCUUUUUAUUAUUCACUUUUCUUUUCUUAAAUCAUCAACUUUGUGCUGUAUGUAACAUACAAAAUCAGCAACAAUUACUGUUAUUUAGAAUGUUCUUCUUUAUGUUGGUCAUACUCAGCAGUACGUUAAAGAUGAGAUGAUAUAAACUAUGGAUUUGUAUACUACGUAACACAGUUUAAAACGAGAUAUGCGUUCGGGAAUGAUUUAUCAAACAUAUUCAGGUACAAACAAAAUAUAUACAUAUAUAAAACGUAAAUUAAAAAACGCAUUUUAUGAUGUCGUUUCAUUACAUUUGAUUUUCGGCGCUUGCCGUUGCCUUUUCCGGUAACACGAAAAAAAAAAACUAAAAAUCUAAAUUCUAAUUUUGCUGUAAUAUGUCAUAAAAUAUGUAUAGAACUAUACAGAUGACACUUCUAGUAAAUAUUUAAUUUAAAAAAUGUUUUUUGCUUUGCUGGUUAAAGUAAAAUAGUGUGUUCAGGAGGUACAUUUGAAUUUUAUUUUAAAGUUGUAAACCGGAAAUGACGUUGUACAUAAUGUUUGUUUGGCUGCGGAUAGAUGAUGGAAAGUGCUAGAGUUUCGCGUUUGUUUGUUUUUUGACUUUGUACUGUGAACGGUACAAUUUGGCCUCUGAAGUUCAUUUAAAUAUAUAUAUAU